CUGAAAGUUCUUCCGUAAUCGAAUAAGUUCGUAGGUGUGGAGAUUUAUAUAUUUUUUUUGUUUUGCGAAAACUACGAUAUGUAUAUUUGUGAAAUUUUUCAAGUGAAGUUAGAACAAAAAUCGCUUAUGUGACUGUUAAUAAAGCAUAAGAAUCAAGUUUAUUUUUAGCUUCAGUAUAAACGGCCUCCAUAAGUGCGACACCCGAAGAAUUGAAUCGAAAUAAAAAAGAAAUAAAUAUUCUAAAAAAGUUCUACCUUAACAACACGGACAGUUCUCAUACAUAUAGACUACGCAUUAAAACCAGUCAACGACAUCAGCAAAAUGCAGGACUCGCCCGAUGCCAAGAAGCCUUGUAAGGGUAUAUUGAAGAAUUCUAGCAGUUUUGAUAAGCCUGGCGCCGCCAGUUACCGCAAAAGUGCGAAAUUUGAUGAACUGAAUGUGUUGCAAACCUACCAUCCACUUGAUAAGGAUUAUGGUCAUAUGAAAAUUGAUGAGCCAAAAACGCCAUACAACUACGUUAUUCCAGAUAUAGCGCACACAGAUACUUUGGACGCAAAUUUACUAGCAGAAAAAUUACGUAUCGCAGCAAGCACACAAUCGCCUUCAUUUGGUUCUGAGGAGCUUUCUGAUGAAGAAAACAUUGAUGAAACACCUGAAGAAAAAGUUCGUCGGCUUGAAUUCGAACGCCGCCGUAAGGCGCAUUACAAUGAAUUCGAAGCCGUUAGACUAGCGCGUAAACUAAUUGAAGAAGAGCUGGAUGAUGAGGACGACGAGCACGAUAUUUCAUCUACCAGUGAAGAUGUUAAAUCGGCUAUUUCUGUUGACAGAUCUAACGAGGAAGGAAUUGAACCAGAGAGUGAAAAUACAGAAAAGAAAACUAAGAAAGAAAAAGCCUUGGCUGAAGAACAGACACGUACCACAGAGGACGAUUCAGAGAUUGAUUCUCGCGUAAGCAUUCAGCCAUCAACAAGCAAUAUGGAUGUGGAUGCGCAAUUGCAACCCUCACAUCCUUGCUACGGAAGAGAUUAGUAAACUCAAAUAUGAACAAACAAAAACAUACCUUCAUGCAGUAAUAUAAUCAUUGCUUGUAGGGGCAUUAUCUAAACAAUUAACAAAUAAAUCAACGAUAAAAGUAACAUGCCGUGAUCGCUACCCUAAUAUUACAUAAAAUUUUGACGAAAACAAAUACAUACUAACACAAAAAAUUGUACUCAGAGAAGCGCCAUUUCGUUUAUCUAUAAAAAAAAAAUAAACAAUAAAAUUGCAAUCAUUUAGAAAGUUAUUGUACCAGUUUGCAUUACUAAGUUUUUCAAUAAAUUUGCGUUUUUGAGCACACUUAUGCUAUUAUAUGCAUACAUCAAAUUAAAGUACAUAUUCAUUUAUGUAUGGAUAUAAAGGCUAUAGACUAAAAUUAGUAGUUAAUGGAGCGCAUAAUAAUUGAAAAGCAGUUCAGAUCUGUAAAUUUCUUUCAUUAAAUCAAACAGUUACUAAGGCAUAAUUAUCUUAUAACAUGGUCGUGACUAUGGAAUGGAGAGUUGUAGAUUUGAUGGUUAAGUGGUGGAUCUUAAAUAAUAAGGAAAAAUCUUUAACAAAACACCAAAAUCUUAUGUCUUGAAUAUAGCUGGAAAAUACCUUUCUGUCAAAAGGCUCGCCGAUUUUGUUUAGCUGAAGAGUUAAAUAUUUUUUACUAAAUUUUAUUAUCCACCAUUUUUGGCUUGAUUUUAAAUAAUGUCGUUUUCGCUUCUACAGAAAAAUGUUACUUUCUUAUUGCCAUCUUCACAAAAAUAAUAAGGCAAUAAAGAGGCAACAUUUGUAAAGGCCAUCACAUACACUAUUUUAAACUGACAACAAAUCAAAUAAACAUUAGAUUUAAAAUAAUUUAUCAAUAAAAAAUCGAGCAAAUUUGGAUUUUAAUAUUAAAUAAAAAAAGCCCAACAAAUUUGCGAUAGGAGUAUUCUCUAAAUCUUCCAAAGCGCUUGCACAGUUUGCAAAGCUGUCCCAUACGAAAACUGAUUUUUACCGUGCAAUCUGUGCGCCGUGCAAGAGCUUUGCAAAACUCAGAGAAUACCACUAAUGUAUUUUAAAAAAAUUAAAUAUUCAAAAAAAAAAAAAAAAAUCCCUUGCCAAUGUAAUGCAAUGAACUACAAUAACUUAUUUGCAUAACAUGCAUUGUGGCUUUUCUGCUCAUUAGCAAUCAUAUGUAAGUUAAAAAAAAUAUCUUAAUGCAAUUAAAGUUAGCAAUCAGUUUGCAAAAAAAUUUACAAAAAUGAAAUAAAUUAGAUAAAUCAUGAAUAUUUGAUUUAUUACUACAUAACUACAUAUGAGUGGAGAAGCCAAUUAGAAUUGUACAUUGCGAAGCAAAGUAAGUUUAGUUUAUAAUUUUUCUGCUAAUACAUAACUUAAUGCCGCAAUUAAUAUGUAAAUUAAGUGCCACAAAACGCAUUUCUUAAUGGGGUUAGUUCAUACAGGAUACAUGCUGUGUUGUGAUGGAGUAUUUUAAGCAAUGCAAUUAACAAUAAUUUCAUGUUCAAACGGCGUUUAAAAAAUAACUAACUUAAAAAGGGUCUUAUUUCGAGAGAU